CAUGCAAUUUAUGCAAAACCAAAAUAUUUUUGUGUUUUAUCGUUCUUUUCAUAAAAAUGAGUCAAUAAAGAAAUUAAUAAUUUAGUUAAACUGGUGUUUUUCGAUAGCGAUAGUCAUUUCUAUCUGAUGGAAAUACACACUACAGUAAAAACUAUAUAUAUUAAGGAUCAAAAUAUUUGAUAUCUAUUACACAGCUUAUUUUGUAUAUUUUCAGUCCUGUCACUCUCGGGUGAACACUGUUACUGAAACAGCGGAAGCUUGCCAAAAUGAUCAUAAAAGUAAAUUCUGUGAAAAACAGACAUUUGAAAAGGGUUUUGGAACACAGCGUUUACAUUGCAAUAGUAGUGGUAUUAAUUCCAGGUUUAUUUUACUUUGAAGUUUUUAUUGUGUUACCUUCAGUUGUUGAAGAAUGGACCAGAGAAUAUUGUAUACAUGUAUCUUGUGCUAUGUUCUUGUUAUUUAAUAUUAUUGGGAACCUCAUAUAUGGAGUAUUUACAGACACUAGCAUAAAAGGAAAAUUUUUAAGGUCUAAUAAUGAUCGCGAUUGGUCACUGUGUGCCGUGUGUGAGUGUUACAGACCUCCAAGAGCCUGGCAUUGUGAGAUGUGUAAUAUUUGUGUCCUAAAGAGAGACCAUCACUGUAGUUUUUUUGCUUGUUGUGUUGGUUACUUUAACCAUAGGUACUUCAUGUUAUUUACAAUGUAUGUCUUUAUUGCAAUGUUAUAUGCUAUUUAUUUUAACAUUAUGUAUCUGUCACAAUUCGUAAGUUGGAAUCAUGGUCUAGUCCUCAUGAAAUUCAUAUUCCCAAUUGCUAGUUUCUUUAUUGAUUUUGGUGAUGAAACGCUCUAUGUACUUGUAUUAGUAAUAAAUUUGAUAAUUGCAGCCUUCACAGGCUUUCUAUUUUUUUAUCACUUAAGAAAUGUAAUAAGAGGUAAAACAGUGCCUGAAGCUAAACACUGCAAAAAAGACUUUUUAUAUGAUAAAGGCUGGAAACUUAAUAUAAUUGAGGUGUUUGGUGAGAGGUGGUACUUAACAUGGAUUCUACCAUUUAUUAGAAGCCCUCUACCAGGCAAUGGUAUAGAAUGGAAUGUUGAAGAUAAAUACAAAUAAGAUGAAGUCAGUACAAAUUUUACAUUUUGUAUUUUAUCUACUUAAUUGUUACUUUAAAAUAUGAUAAUUUCUAGUGAUAUAAAGUGUUCGUGGUUUAACAGUAUUGUAUAGGAAAAAAUGUUGAUUUACACUUACUAGUCUUAAAAUUAUAUUUGUAUUCAAGGUUUAUAUCACUGUAACAAAUUAAAAUUAUUCUAAAAAUAUACUAUUUACAAAUUAAUAUUAUAACCACAUGUCAUGAUAACUAUUGUCUCUCUGGAAUGUUAGUGUUUGGCAAUAUUUGUGAUAGGUAUCUACUGCGUAUCCUGUCAGACUGGGCCUGUGCAGGGUCCCUUUGGGAAUCUGUCAAGGAUUCUGAUGGCCUUCUUGAGUCUGAUUCAUCAUGGUCUGUGCAGUCUUCAUUGUCCAAUAAGGUUGCAGUUUCGUCACAGUUCACCGUCCUGAAAUUUUAUUAAUAUUAUAAUAUGUAACACAAUGUCCACAUGUAAGAUAUUAUUAAAAAAUACAAAAAAUA